CCACGUAUCAAUUAAUUCCAAAGUAUGCGGAUCACUUGAAGAGAGCUGACACUUCAAGGUGAAUUACGCAGAUUCAAGUAUACAGAGUGUUUUGGAGGCAUGGAACAAGUUGAUACUAAGACCAUUGUGCAACAGUUCAAAGAUUGGGAAAUCCAGAUAUUGGUGCUCCUGAGCUUUUGCCUUGCAAUUGCUCCUCUUCUUUUUUGGUGGCCUUCGCCGCCGUACCAGCCGAGUGUGGCUUAGAGUUUUCCUAUGGUUGACUUACCUGUCAGCGGAUUUCAUAGCUGUAUAUGCACUAGGCUACCUCUCACGGCAUCUACCCACCACUACAAAUGACCAUAUAUGCUACCAAACAUGCCUUGGAAAAACCUUGUUGCCAAGCCAAAGCCAUCAUGAUUUCACACUCUUGUGGGCACCAUUCUUUCUCGUACACCUAGGUGGGCAAGACACUGUGACUGCAUUUGCCAUUGAGGAUAAUGAGUUGUGGUCAAGGCACUUGCUAAAUAUGAUAGUUCAGGUAUGCUUAGUUGUGUAUGUGAUGUGGUAUUCCAUGGCACAUAACCUACCUGUUGUCCCGGCUGCAUUUUUAUCUGUCGCUGGGGUCAUCAAGUAUGGGGAGAGGAUAUGGGCGCUCAAGUGUGGUAGCCAGGAAAGUCUCAAGAGUUCUAUUAGUAGCUCUUAUGUCGCAGCUUUGAAGAAAUUAGCACAUGACGAAGAAGACGGAAUUCAGGUAACCAAACCGGCAUCGACUGUGCAGCGUGCUCUUAAGUGCAUGCCAGGUCUUCGGGAGGUAUUUUCUAGAAGGUAACCAUCUGGAAACUUUUCUUUCAAAAAGUCUCUCGAUGCACAAUUAACUUUCAAGACGGCAGAAAUGGAGCUUAGCAUGAUGUAUGAUGAGCUCUACACGAAAGCCAAAGUGAUUCAAACAGGGAAGGGCACCAUCCUUCGUUGUGUCUCCCUCACCUCCACAGUGGUGGCUUUUGUUCUCUUCAUCCUGAUGAGUGGCAGCAAGCAAAGGUAUUACAACUCAAUUGGAGUUGAUGUUGCAAUAACCUAUAUGUUAUUUGUAGGAGCUUUUUGCUUGGAGGCUUGCGCCAUCAUCAUUGCCAUGGUUUCACCGAGAGCGUGGGCAUCCAUGGAAGCUCGAGGUGGAGGAUGCAACAGCAGUUUGCUCACCCGAGCAACCUGUAGGUCAUCAUGUUCAUCUAUGUUGCCGAGUAUCCAUCCAGAGAAAAGGCUAUGGUGGUCAAACUCAUUAGGGCAGUAUAACUUUAUGAGCUCCCGCCUGGCUGAUGGCAAGUCGAGGAUAACCGAGGAGAUGAUGGCCAUUGUUGGAGCUAAGGAGGUGUGGAGUAACUUUCGGCACACUAGGCAUGGUCCAGUCACCGAUGAAAUGAAGGAGCUUAUCCACCAAGAAAUUGAUAAUAACAAGUAGAAGAAACCUCUAAACUUGUCUCCUCAAUUGUUUUUUGCGCAAGCUGCUUCCUCCUUUGAGGAAACCUUGUUCAUGAUGCACCUCUACACUGACAUGUACUUGUACAAGGUAAGCAUAUAAUUAGAUACAAUUAGGAGCAGCGGGAGGGAUGAUGAUAUUCAAGAGAAAGAGGUACAUUCCCUGAUGCAUACAUGCGAGGUGAUAUCUGACUACAUGUUCUUCCUGCUGGUCACGCAGCCUGCCAUGCUGCCUGUUCAACGCAAUGUGUAUGAUUUGUUAGCAUUGGUUUUGAACGAUGCCGGCUAUGCACGUACCUCCAGCAAGGAGCAGUUUCUUGAGACAGUGGCUAGCGGUGAGUACUCGUGGGACCAACCAUUCAUGGACUUCAGGGCAGCACCUCCUGAUGACAUGUUGCAGCAGGGUUGGAAGGGUUUGCAUGCAGCGCUGCAAGUAAUGUUGCAGAUCUGGGUGCGGCUGCUGAUCUACGCGGCGGGCAAGUCCCAGCACGCACGGCGGCUGAGCAUGGGAGGGGAGCUGCUCACCUUCGUUUGGCUCCUCAUGGCGCAUCGGGAGCUUGGAGACAUCUAUAAUAUCCAGUUCCAGCUUGUGGAAAAAGAGAAAGACGGGUCAGUCCGUACUGGUCCUAAUUCAACAAUAACCACCGACAUAUAUACUCUUUUCCGUUUAGGUCAUCCGAUCGACAUGAUCAAAUAGUACUGGUGGCCGGUGAUCGAUGGUCUCUUUGGACUCUGAUUAUCUUAAGCCAUCAAGGGCAUGUAUGCCCGCACCAUCUCGAUCGUUUCCUUCAUGUGGAUCAUAAUAUAAUCGAUCACCCUCGGUUAUUUUUUUUCUUUCUUUUCUUUUUGGUUGUGUGCUAUCUGCUAUUAUCUAAUAAUGUCAUUUGUAUUAGUUGCUGGUUAAUUUUGCUGUAAUUAAAUAUAUUGUUUUUAAUUAUUCAAUAUGCAUGUAACGGACUAUAUAUGUAUGUAUAAUUAAUCCAUGCACAUAUUUUUGU